AUGGGACUCUCCUGGAGGGAGCGGGUCUUCGUGGCUCUGCUGGGAACUGCAGCAGCCUCUGGCCUCACCAUGCUCACCCUCAUCCUGGUGAAAGCAACCAAUGUUCUCCUGCCCGCAGACACCAAGUUUGGGAUUGUGCUUGACGCCGGCUCCUCCCACACAUCCCUGUUUGUGUACCAGUGGCCAGCAAACAAGGAGAAGGACACGGGAGUGGUCAGCCAGGCCCUGACUUGCCAGAUGGAAGGGCCUGGAAUCUCUUCCUAUACCUCUGACCCAACACAGGCUGGAGAAAGCCUGAAGAGCUGCCUGGAGGAAGCACUGGCAUUGAUCCCACAGGCCCAGCAUCCAGAGACGCCCACAUUCUUGGGGGCCACAGCAGGAAUGAGGCUGCUCAGCCAGAAGAACAGCUCUCAGGCAAGAGACAUCCUAGACGCAGUCUCCCAGACACUAAGCAAGUCUCCUGUGGAUUUUUGGGGUGCCAAGAUCUUGGCUGGGCAGGAUGAAGGUGCCUUUGGUUGGAUCACCAUCAACUAUGUCCUGGGAAUGCUACUCAAGUAUUCCUCUGGACAGUGGAUCCGGCCUGAAGAGGAGAUGCUGGUUGGUGCCCUGGACCUUGGGGGGGCCUCCACGCAGAUCAGCUUCGUGCCUCAGGACCCCAUCCUGGACCAGAGCACUCAGGUUACCUUCCGCCUGUACGGUGCCAACUACAGUGUCUACACUCACAGCUACCUCUGCUUUGGGAGGGACCAGAUCCUGAGAAGGCUCCUGGCUAAUCUGGCACAGAGCAGCCCGGUGGCCCUGGUCAGAAACCCAUGCUACCACAGUGGCUACCAGACCACACUAUCAAUGGCUUCCUUGUAUGACUCACCCUGCGUGCACACUGCAGACUCCCUGAACCACACCCAGAAUCUCACAGUUGAAGGGAUAGGCAGCCCUGGAGACUGUGUGGCAGCCCUCCGGGGUCUCUUCAACUUCUCCAGCUGUAAGGGCCAAGAGGAUUGUGCUUUCAAUGGAGUCUACCAGCCGCCUGUGCAUGGCCAGUUCUAUGCAUUUUCCAACUUUUACUACACCUUCCAUUUCCUGAACCUCACCUCCAGGCAGCCCCUGAACACUGUCAAUGACACUGUCUGGAAGUUCUGUCAGAAACCCUGGAAACUGGUGGAAGCCAGCUACCCCGGGGAGGAGCGCUGGCUACCAGACCACUGUGCCUCAGGCCUGUACAUCCUCAUAUUGCUGCUGGAGGGCUACAAAUUCAGUGAGGAGACCUGGCCCAACAUCCAGUUCCAGAAGCAGGCAGGUGGCACAGACAUUGGCUGGACACUGGGCUUCAUGCUGAACCUGACAGGCAUGAUUCCAGCUGAGGCACUGACCCAGUGGCGGGCCCAGAGCUACAGCAUCUGGACGGCUGGAGUAGUGUUCGCAGUGCUGACCCUUGUGGCCAUUCUCGGGGCAGCUGCUGUCCAGCUCUUCUGGACCCAGGACUAG